AAUCCACCGACGUCAAUCAUGAUGCGCUGAUCAGAGAUGCCUGAAGUACAUUGUUGUCGUACAGUUCUAGCAUUUGCAGAGGUUUUUGUUGACACACGCAUGGAACUCAAACUAAUUCUAACGGUUUUGUUGGUCGUGUCUGCAACUGCCACAACUGAUUACGUUCGACCCCAACCUCGAAAAACCUUACAUCUCCCAUGGGAUUCAAAGUCCUCCUCUUACCCUCAACAGGUACACAUUUCUUUGGCAGGAGACAAGCACAUGAGAGUUACGUGGAUUACUGAUGAUGAUUCUGCACCUUCAAAAGUAGAAUAUGGAACAUUGCCAGGAAAAUAUGACUUUGUGGCUGAAGGAGAGACUACCUCUUAUAGUUAUGUGUUUUAUAGCUCAGGAAAGAUACACCAUACUGUAAUUGGACCCUUAGAACAUAAUUCUGCGUACUUUUAUCGAUGUGGUGGACAAGGUCCUGAGUUUCAGCUCAAAACUCCUCCAGCUCAAUUUCCAAUUACUUUUGCUGUGGCUGGGGAUCUUGGUCAAACCGGUUGGACUAAAUCGACUUUAAAUCACAUUGACCAAUGUAAAUAUGAUGUUCAACUACUUCCAGGAGACCUUGCAUAUGCUGAUUACAUCCAACAUCGAUGGGAUACAUUUGGUAGGUUAGUGCAGCCACUUGCUAGUGCAAGACCAUGGAUGGUAACACAGGGGAACCAUGAAGUGGAGAACAUACCCUUGUUAAAGGAUGGGUUUGUAUCCUAUAAUUCCAGAUGGAAAAUGCCAUUUCAGGAGAGCGGAUCAAGUUCAAACCUUUAUUACUCUUUUGAAGUUGCAGGUGCUCACAUUAUCAUGCUUGGCUCCUAUGCAGAUUAUGAUGAGUAUUCAGAACAAUAUAAAUGGCUAAAGGUUAAUCUGUCAAAGGUGGACAGGAAAAGGACACCUUGGUUACUUGUGUUAUUUCAUGUGCCAUGGUAUAAUAGCAACACGGCUCAUCAAGGCGAAGGGGAUGAUAUGAUGGCAGCUAUGGAGCCAUUGCUUUAUGCUGCUAGCGUUGAUUUAGUUAUUGCUGGUCAUGUGCACGCUUAUGAACGCACAAAACGUGUAUAUAAUGGAAAAUUGGAUCGUUGUGGUGCUGUCCAUAUAAUUAUUGGUGAUGGAGGGAACAAAGAAGGCUUAGCUUCUAAGUAUAUAAAUCCACAGCCAAAUUGGUCAGAAUUCCAUGAAGCCAGUUUCGGUCAUGGUGAGCUAAAGAUUGUAAACUCUACGCAUGCAUUCUGGAGUUGGCACAGGAAUGAGGAUGAUGAGCCAGUAAAAUCUGAUGAUAUCUGGAUAACCUCUUUGUUCAGCUCAGGAUGUGUUGGUCAUAAGAAAAAUGAACUCGGAAACACAACUGUGACACCCUAAAAUCCUCUGGUUUUCUUCACUUAUUCCUCAACAACUGAUUAGCAACAGUUUGGUUGUGUAUGCAAAUUAUGAGACAAUUACUAGGAUUAUAUAUAGCACUAGUAGCAGCUUGGGUGGUUUAGCCUUUUGUUGUUGGAUUGAGUAAAUUGAGAUAUUUCAUUACUUUUCUGUAUGGUUGUUACUGUAUUUACUGUAAGUACUUAGUCUCUAAAUUAAG